AUGUUAGCGCCAUCUGGUCAAGGGCUUGAACGUGAGGCAGGCGUUUUUAGUGGCCUGAAAUCAGGAGACGGCGAAGGAGGAACCUCAUUGGAUGGCGGUUUUCCUCGUGAUUGGUUGAAUCAAAGCCUCAAAACGGAGCCCAACCUGUGCGAUCGGAGGAGAACCACAACUGCCUACUUCACAGCCUCGACAGGGCAAUUCGAAGAAGCCGCUUCGAUUGGUAACCAGCAGAGCGACUACUCGUCGUUCGCGUUGCCACGCCUGCCCCCCCAUCCCUUCUCCCACGCCUUCGUUCCAACCAAUCAGCACGCGCCGGAGUGUGGCGGGACUCUGACUAGGGCACACGCAAUGCACUCCCUCUUCGAGACCUACACCAUCGAAGGGACUUCGACACGACAGCACGCGAGUGUUCGUCUGGACGACCAGAUCAUGCAGCAACCACCACCACCACCCCCACCGCCACCGCCGCCGCCGCCUCCACAGCUGGCGCGCAUUCAAAAGUCGACGAGCAGGAGUAGGAAGAUAUCGAGUUCAUCAGAGGGAAGUGCGAAGCACGCCGGAGACGGUGAACAGGCUGUCACCGGGGCAAAUAUGGUCGUGUCACGUGCCUCCUACAUGUGUCGCAAGUGCAAGGCUCAUGGCCAGGCGGUUCCUGUUAAACGACACAAACGCGCCUGUCCGUACCUCCAGUGCCGGUGUCUCAAAUGCCGAUUGGUCGAUCAAGGUCGAAAAGUAGUCGCCCGUCAAAUUGCUCUGUACCGCGAUCAGAAGGGGCACUCAGUGACCUUGGGAGGGGCCGAUGGUGGCAACCAAUCACGUCUCGCCAAGGACGACUCACGCCAACGUGUCACCCCGCUGCGUUCUUCCACUGCCACGAACCCUCUUCUUCAACUGCCGCUUCCUCGAGUGCCUCCAAUGCUUCCAGUGAUGCCCACGUCGACCUCGAAGACCGUCAGCUCGUCUCUGAUUGGUCGAACUGUUGUAGGACCGCACUGCCGCAGGUGUCGCAACCACAACGUUGCGGUUACGUGGAAAGGUCACAAGAAGUCCUGUCCCUACCGCAACUGCCCCUGUGACCCCUGUCGACUGAUCAAUGUUCGAAAGGACACGGAAAAGACCUUAAGGGACAUGGCUGGAAUAGAGGAAAAAUCGAUGCUACCGACGUCAAUACUCUCCGAGGAAUCAACCAGCGUUAGCAAUUUCUUCCCCUACCUAAUGCCUGUCAGCACAGUUCGCUCAACAGACGAGGCUCUGCACCAACAGCAGCAAAAUCACCCCUCUGGUGGCACUGAAGUCUCGUGGAAUGAGCCAGCGCAGUCACAGCGGACGCAACGACGGACGCGUUCUCUGCAGAACCUCAAUGCACAACUCCCCGUCUCCGAGACCCACGUCAACAACAAUUCGAGUACGCAGGGUGGCAACCAGACGGUGGUCACAAAUGCCCUGGACCAGAAUCAACCCAGCCCGAUCGGAGUGGCGCGAAAUCAAACCGCCAUCUCCGACUCGCCAACUCACAACUUCGAUCAAUAUCAUCGUGGUGGUGGUGGUGGAAAUUACGAUGUCUACUAUGAAGAGAAGCUUAACCCACGGCCCGUUCUGCCCUUCUGGCAAAGUUUUGGCCACUUUGAGGAUAAAUCGACCGCUUCUGGCCAAAGCUACAUUGGCAAUUACUAUGGCCUUGAAAACGGUCGCGUUUUCCAUGGCCACGGUCAAGGUCACCAUAUGUACAGCCCGGAGAGAGUGUCAGCUGUUGCGGCGGCUGCCGCGGCGGCAGCUGCAAUGGUUGCCAUGACACCGCCAAUCAACGGAGCCUACCAGCAGCCCUGCUACGCGAGUCAAGGUCGUGCUGGCGGCCUGUGUCACCCGGUGGCACCACAACACGCCGAUCACCUUGGAUACGGUGGUUCGGAGGAGUUCGCGUUGAGUAGCACCUCCAGUGGCACCUACCAGACCCGAUUUCCUGCCGACAGGGGCCGCGGGGAGGACUGCUGCGGUGGAUGGGGUGCGUACCGUUACCCCUACAUGAUUCGGGGUCUGCCGUUUCACACCCCCGACGCCAUGGACGUGGAUGCUUCGUUUGGCCAACGACACCUAAAGUCUAGCGCUCAGGCCAAGUUGUCUGAGGACGUGUAUUCGCGGCCUGUUGCACACGUGUGGCGCAGCCAACUUCACCAAUUGAGCAUCUCCCAACUUCGGACGGACGGUGAAGAGGUCAAGCGGUUCCAUCAAAUCGAUUGCAACAACAAAGUCGAGUGCCUGGGCGAGGUGAAGGGAUUGCGUGAAUCAAGGCUUGAUUCGCUGGAAGAACCAUCAGCUGUUCAAUUACCCAACCAACCACUAGCACUGAAUGUCGAACUCGACGGUAGCCAGGAGGGUCGCGAUCGUGGAGGUGGCAACGUCGUCAUUCCCAUCGCCAACAAGACCCAAUACACCGCUUCCUUCGCUGACGAAUUUCCAUUAUCCACCGCCGACAAUCACCAGACGGCUUCAAGUGCGGAGAUGCCUUACGUUACUCGCAAUGAUGAGCCUUAUAGUCGAUUUGAACAGGCCGCCACUUCUACUACCACAACCACCACAACGACGACGACGUCGUCCUUUGGGAUCGAUGAGUCGCAGCUACCUACCGCCCCCUCCUUCACAUCGCGACUCAACGCCUCAUUUACCUCCCCUCAGUCCCACUGA